GGGCGCGUACAGGUGUGUGAAUCCCCUGAUAGACACGUCAAAUUAGCAGCUCGGCGUUUGAGUCUACGCGAAUAGCGGUGGAGUUUAGAGUUUACCAGGAUCACCUGAAGGCAGCAGAGAGAGAGAGAAGAGAGGGCUGAUGAGAGCAAACUGACUGACAGAGGGGGAAGGGGAGGCUCACUGAGCGAUAUAUUGGGUGUAGCAGAGAAAUAAAAGCAAAUGUGUGCCAGUCAGCUGGAGACGGAGUGAGCAGAGAGAAAUACAGAGAGAGGGAGGAAGAGGGAAACAGGAAAGCGGGGCAGGCUGGUAUUAUAAGCGCUGUCGAGAUAGAAGGAGGGGAGCUGUGCACGCUGAGGCUGUGAGGAGCCUCAAGCAGGUUGUUCUCUGUGAUUCUCUGUCUCGGCCUCAUGUGAGGAGCAAACAAAACAGAAGAGGGAAUUAUUUGAGAGAACUGUUUCCUCUCUCCCCCUCCAACCUCUCCGCUGCCUCCUGCCGCCUCUGAAUGAUUGAAGCCAUGCCCAUCGUAUCUGCAAGCACAGGGCUGCAUGAGAUCCUGGCGCUGCUCACGUCUCAGCUUCACCCUGAUGCCAACCACAAAGAAGACCUGGUCUUCCUCAAAGAUGUCUUCAGCGAGAAAAGCAUUGGAUACCUCAUGAAGAUCCAUGAAAAACUGAAGCAGUAUGAGAAACACAGCCCCACUCCAGUCCUGCACAGUGCCUCCUGUUUGGCAGAGGAUCUAGCAGAAGAGCUUCAGAAUGGGCCACUGGAGGAUGAUGAGCAAGAACUGCUGCUCCUCUUGAGCACUCCUCAUCUCAAGGCAGUGCUAUCGGCUCAUGACACAGUGGCUCAAAAAAAAUUUGACCCAGUGCUGCCACCACUCCCAGACGAUCUGGACGAUGACCUGGAGGAAGAGUCUGUGAAGAUCGUUCGGCUGGUGAAGAACAAGGAGCCACUGGGAGCGACUAUUCGGAGAGACGAAGCAACAGGAGCUGUAAUUGUGGCCCGAAUCAUGAGGGGAGGGGCAGCUGACCGCAGUGGUCUGGUGCAUGUAGGAGAUGAGCUUCGAGAGGUCAACGGAAAUCUGAUAACCCACAAAAGACCAGAUGAAAUUAGUCAGAUACUGUCCCAAUCACAAGGCUCCAUCACACUGAAAAUCAUCCCAGCUGUUGCAGAUGACGAUAAAAUGAAAGAAAGCAAGGUCUACAUCCGGGCUUUAUUUGAUUACACACCUUUUGAGGACAAAGCGACCCCGUGCCAAGAGGCGGGACUUCCCUUUAAACGGGGUGACAUUCUUCAGGUUGUUAGUCAGGAGGACCCCACCUGGUGGCAGGCCAAGAGGGUGGGCGACUGUAACCUGCGCGCUGCCCUCGUCCCUUCGGCGCAGUUUCAGGAGAGGCGACUGAGAUACAGGAUGAAAAUGGGCUCCGUGUCUGCUCCCAUUUCCCCAAAAGCUCCAACAUAUGAACGGGCCGAUAGAGAAGACUGUGACAAUAAGAGUGCUGUGAAUGGAAAGGACAUAGCUAGCCUACGCAGAAGCUUCCGCCACAGGAAGGAUCGCCAGGGUUCUCCUGGUGAAGCGCACACUCCCGAUGCCAAUCACACAGAGUUCCUGAUUUACGAGGAAGUCGCACAAUAUUUUCCCCGUCCUGGAGAGAGGCCUCGCCUUAUAACACUCAUAGGUUCACUUGGAGCACGGAUCGCUGAGCUCAAACAGAAUGUGAUUGCUGAGAAUCCGCGGCGGUACGGUUUGGCUGUUCCUCACACCACUCGAGCCAGGAAGAGUCAUGAGAGAGAAGGAGUGGAGUACCACUUCAUCAGUAAAGCUGCUUUCGAGGCAGACAUCCAGAAUGGCAAGUUUAUUGAGUAUGGCGAGUAUAAAGAGAAUCUCUAUGGCACCAGUUUGGACUCCAUUCACAGAGUUUUGGAUCAGAACAAGGUCUGUUUGGUGGACGUGCAGCCAGAGGCACUGAAGACUCUCCGGACCGCUGAGUUCAAACCAUAUGUCAUCUUUGUAAGGCCUCGGAUCGGUGAUGGUCAGAGAAAGCAGUUUGGCUCCUCUUCCUCACUCAGCGUAGGGGUCACGGACGAUGACUUGCAGGAAAUGAAGCAGUCGGCAGAGCAAAUGGACGAAUGCUACGGCCACUGGGUGGACUACGUGUUGGUAAAGGAAGAUCCAGCUAGUGCCUUAGCAGAGCUCCAGGUUGUAUUGGAAAAAGUACAGAUGGAGCCACAGUGGGUGCCUGCGUCCUGGGUGAGGCGCUAGCCAGCUGACCUUCCAAAUAGGAAAAAGAGGACACAGAACUGUGGCGUACCUCUGAAGGUGCUGAGCAUUUGGACUGAUCCAGUGUUUUACUGCCAUGUAACCAUUCCACAAAUGAGUAUGUGAGUCACUGUAAAAGAACAUCCAACAGACCUGUUGCAGAGUGGUCAGCAUAGAAUGACCACAGUAGUCAUACAGAUAGUGCUGGUGUACAUACCGUAUAUGCUGAUAGUGCAGUGGCUGUAUACGAGACGGGCAUGUAGUACAAGCAUUCAAGACUAAGUUCCUACAGCAACUUAUUGUCAAAAACAUCUGCACUCAGUGUGGUCAGCUAUGUAAGCCCCCUAUUAUAACAGCAGCUAUAAUGUGAAGUGCCAUAUUAAAUAUGUUAACUGUAAAGCUGAAGAAAUCUGAAGACCAUGUGACUGAUUUUGCUUUGACAAAAGUGAGUUUAGUGAAGUGGGUUGAAUUUGUCUACAUUUGCUUGAGAAAUAAAACAAGACCAACUGUG